AUGUUUAGCAUUGCAGGUUAUUUCAUCCCUAAGAACACAGUCAUCAUUCCUAAUCUUUUUGGAGCACAUCAUGAUCCUGAAGUUUGGCCUGACCCAUACAGCUUCAAACCAGAGCGCUUUCUGAAUGAAGGAGGGGGAAGCGGAGGCGGCUCCACCCGUGACCUGAUCCCUUUUGGAGGGGGGGCUCGGCUCUGCCUGGGAGAGUCUGUGGCCAAAAUGGAGCUUUUUCUGUUCAGUGCCUACUUGCUGAGAGAUUUUCAGUUCCUCCUGCCUGAGAGCGAGACCUCACUGCCUGAUCUGAGAGGAGUUGCCAGUGUUGUGCUUAAAAUCAAGUCCUAUGAAGUUGUAGCACGUCCAAGACCUGUGACUAAUCCCUGAGCUGCAGUGGGUGUAUUGCUGACUUGUUGUUUGCGUUGGCCAUGCAUGUGCAAAUUUAUGUUUCACAUAUUUAUAUUUUCUCUUCUUAUUCUUAUUCAUUCUUACACUUUAUUAUCAAAGUUAUUUGUUCCACCAUCACUGAAUAAAAUGUC